AUGUAUGGGCACUCGCUGACAGCCAUAGGUCGCCUUCAGGAAUACCAGAUCAUCGGGCGUCACCUGCCCAGCGAGGCCAACCCAACCCCGAAGCUUUACCGCAUGCGCAUCUUUGCGCCCAACGAGGUUGUCGCCAAGUCGCGAUUCUGGUACUUCCUUGGCAAGCUUCGCAAGAUCAAGAAGGCCAACGGUGAGAUUGUGUCUGUGAACCAGAUCCACGAGAAGCGCCCCCAGAAGGUCAAGAACUUCGGUAUCUGGAUCCGUUACGACUCGCGCUCCGGCACCCACAACAUGUACAAGGAGUACCGUGAGAUGUCCCGGACGGAUGCCGUCGAUGCCCUCUACCAGGACAUGGCUGCGCGUCACCGAUCCCGCUUCCGGUCGAUUCACAUCCUCAAGGUCGUCGAGGUCGAGAAGACCGCUGACAUCCGCCGCCCGUACAUCAAACAGCUCCUCGUCAAGAACCUCAAGUUCCCUCUCCCCCACCGCGUCAACAAGUCGGCCAGCAAGAAGAUCUUCUCCGCUACCAGGCCUUCAACUUUCUUCUAAGCGUCUUCUUUCCUGGAGUGGGGUCUGGCUGGCAGGGGUGAUAUGGCUUUCUCGGGCUUUCAUGCAUGGCUUCAAAAAUGAAGUACACUAGGAACGAAUCAAAAUCCCUGAUACCAACUAUCUCGCCUCUUGUAUGUGAAGGACACAGGGAAGAUGCCGGGAUGAGGGUCGGGCGGGAAUGAGUUAUGAAGUCACAUACACGGUAUAUGUGGACGAUAUUGGAAUACAAAAGCUUCAAGACCA